UCCGCCUGUCUGCUCUCCAGCUUCACAACACAGUACAGUACACGCUAGUCCUCUAGUAGUGGCAGCAACCAACACAAGUGUGUGCAGUCUCUCCUCUCCGUAGCGUCAGUUUCUGCUCUGUAUUAAACCAGCCAUUUAUCAUCAAUCAUGGCGGCCGGAGUACAAAUUUAACUCCCGUCUUUCCUCCCUGUCGUCUGAAGGGGAGGAUUUUGUUUUGUUUUGUUUUUUUGUUUGAGGAAACAAAAUAUUAGUCCCACACUGAUUUGGAUUUCCACUCGGAAUUACAAUACAUCUCACAAGGGAAAUACCAUUCAUGUCAAUACUCCAAAAUGCAGCCGCCGCCGAGGAAGGUCAAAGUGACACAGGAGCUGAAAAACACACACACAGAGCAGAUGACAAGACUGCACUUUAAACACCAGACCGAAUGUGACCUUCUGGAAGACAUGAGGAGCUACAGUCUGAAGAAGGGUCAGCUGGAGAGGGACUAUGCACAGGCUUUGCAGAAGUUAGCGAGCCAGUACCUAAAGAGAGACUGGCCCGGAAUCAACCCUGAUGACCAGAGAACAGACUAUAGGAAUGUGUAUGCAGUGUGGAGGUCCUACUUAGAAGGCACGGUGCAGGUGAGCCAGUCCAGGCUCAACGUGUGUGACAACUACAAAAGCCAAGUAUCAGAGCCUGCUAAGACUGUUAGACUCUACAAGGAGCAGCAGCUCAAAAAGACCAUAGAUCAGUUGAGCGGCAUUCAAGCUGAGCUGCAGGAGUCGGUGAAAGAGUUGGCCAAAGCCAAGAAAAAAUACUACGACUGUGAGCAGGUUGCCCACGCUGUACGAGAGAAGGCUGACAUAGAGGCCAAGUCCAAACUGGGUCUUUUUCAGUCAAGAAUUAGUUUACAGAAAGCAAGUGUGAAGUUGAAAGCUAAGAGAAGUGACUGUAACUCCAAGGCAACACAGGCCAGGAACGACUACUUGCUAACGCUAGCUGCUGCCAACGCUCACCAUGACCGGUACUACCAUACAGAUCUACUGCACUGCAUACAGGCCUUGGAUGGCAGGAUCUAUGAGCAUGUGAAAGACUACCUGGUAGCACUGUGUCGUACCGAGUUAGAGGCCUCCCAAGCCACACACAACACCUUCCAGUUCCUGUUGGACAAAUCCACCAGGAUAAUACAAGAGUUCAACCAGCAGAUGUUCAUGCAGGAGAACCCAGUGUUUCACAAAGCACACGACUUCCAGUUCCAGCCCAGCGAAUGUGACACGACUCUGAGCUCGGUGCAGCAGUUGGUGGACAUUGAGCCGUCGCCCGUCAGUGCCAUGAGAAUGACCCUGGCACAGAGUCGUCAGCUGGAGUCAGAGACAGGGACGACGGAGGAGCACAGUCUGAACAAGGAGGCCAGGAAGUGGGCAACCAGAGUGGCCAGGGAACACAAGAACAUCAUACAUUACAAGAGAUGUCUGGAGGAGUGUGAGAGCCAUGGCUUGCCGCCCACAGAGCAAGGCAGACUAGAUCUGGAGAUGAAGAUAGAAGACACCAAAGAAAACAUGCGCAAAGCUGAGACAAUAAAGUUAAAAGCUGAGGCUCGGUUGGACCUUCUGCGGCAAGUGGGGGUUGCUGUGGAUACCUGGCUGAAGAGCGCCAUGAACCAGGUGAUGGAGGAGCUGGAGAAUGAACGCUGGGCCAGCUACACUUCCCACGAUCCCUCACUGUCGGGCACAGUGGACUUGGACCGUGAGGAGGGAGAAGAGUGUGAAGAGAAUAUGGAGGUUUUUGACGACAGCAGCUCUAGUCCUUCAGGAACCCUCCGAAACUAUCCUCUAACCUGCAAAGUCCUGUACUCGUAUAAGGCCUCUCAACCGGAUGAGUUAACUAUUGAUGAACAGGAGAUGUUGGAAGUUAUUGAGGAUGGAGACAUGGAGGACUGGGUCAAGGCUCGCAAUAAGACAGGUCAAGUGGGCUACGUCCCAGAGAAAUACCUGCAGUUCCCGACCUCCAACAGUCUGCUGAGCAUGCUCCAGUCUCUUGCUACACUCGAUGCACGAUCACACACCUCGUCUAACUCCACCGAGCCAGAGCUGCACUCAAACUGCAUCAACGGAGACACAAACAUGAUGUAUGUCCGCGCACUUUAUGAUUAUGAAGGCCAGGCGGAUGAGGAACUCUCCUUUUCCGAGGGAGCGGUGAUCCGCCUGCUGAGUCGCGACACCCAGACAGACGACGGAUUCUGGGAGGGGGAGCUCAACGGACGGGUGGGCGUCUUCCCCUCCGUCCUGGUAGAAGAUUUCACUGAGAAUGGGGAAUCCAGUGGAGGAGGGACAGGUGACAUACAGGUAUGGCUUACAAUUUCUCCAUCGCUCAAGUUGCCAUCUUCUCUGCCACCUCUUCCACUGUAUGACCAGCCUCCCAUCAGCCCUUUCACCAGCCCUGAGACCUCCACCCCGCCUCCUCUCCCACGCUCACCCUCCACCGCACUCAACGGAGAGCACAAGCCUCCACCGCCCGCCUCGUCACACAAGGGACCGCUAUCCACCCACAAUCAAAGCUCUGGCAGGAGUCCAGUGUCUCCAGGAUUUCCGCAGCCACUGAGAUUCACCCCUGAAGGAGGCCCGGGAAAACUACGACCUGUUCGAGCUGCUCCUCCUCCACCCAAACAGCACCCCCGCCGACAACAGGAGAAGAGCGACAAGACGGAGGAGGUGGAGAUCACGCUGGUGUGACAGACAGACAAGCUGGCGGGCGGUUAUAGAGACAUACAAAAUAAAAACAGAUGACAGACAUGCAUAUCCUACAGGCUGGGGAACUGAAGUCAGCUUAAAUAAAGUGAUGUGAAGUAAACUGAACUGAACCACGUCCGACGCCCCUGGCCUCUCCACGUCUUCUCUCCUCCUCAAGUUGAGGAGGAGAGCAGAGGGAGGGGAUGAAGUCAGAGUAUCCAAUUAAAUAAUCUCCGUAUUAGCUUCCUAAUGAAGUGCAGCAGUAGCCGCCCCCCCCACGUCCCUCUCCGUCCUUCCCCGUCCUUCCAUUCUUGCCUUAAAACUUCACCUCAACGGGCAGCAAACCCGAGCACACUGAAGAAGAGGAAGAGGAGGAAGAAUGUUUAGAGAGGGGGAGUGUGAGGGAAAGUUUGCAAGUUUCCUUUUAUCUUGUUAAGCUUACUUCAAGAUACUGUACGGUAGUGUAUCUCUCUGCGCAAGACCAUUCUGCUACAUCUGAGAACUUUUUUCACUCACUUACGAACAAAUAAUGAAACGUGUGAAAAGUUAUUGAGCCCUGAAACAAACGUAAUGUAGUAAAGGCUUAUAAGACAAGUCAAAAAUAUAACUAAAUACAUAAUAAUAUUGUUUAAAAAAGAAAUGUUAUGGUUUAUACCUAUACAUUUAAUCAUUUAUUUAUUUUCCCCAUGCAACAUUUCCUUUUCUUCUUGAGGAAGGCUGUGUGGCUAGCUAAUCUGAAAACACUGUUAGCAAAACACACCGAGCACCAGCUAGCUAGCUGAAGCAAACCAUAAAACUACAACAGCUACACUACUGUUGUGUUAAUCCUCCAGAUACCGUACUGCAUACUGCUGUAGCGUCACUGUAUAAACUACUCGGCAAGCUAACGCUAACUAAGCUAGAUAGCUAGAAAUUUUGAAAUUAGGUUAUUUUAUAUUUUUGGACAUUCAGUCACACACUACUUAAUGUACAAAAUGACACAAUAAAGUCAAAGGCUCAUUUAUUAUUUAAAUUAAUAUCGAGGCAUGUCUCUUAAGUGUGUGAACUUCCAAGUAGCGCAGUAGCGUAGCAAAUAGCUUGCUGACUAAAAGGCUUUAGCUGCCAUUACAAGAUGUUUAUACGUGAAUGCUAGAGCAGUAUUUAGUACGGUGUGUUGCUGAACAACUUUGGGUGCUGUGUAGUUUUAUGCCAAAAGUCAGCUUCUGCUUUGUAGCUAGCAAAAAAAAGGCUUAUGCUCAGUGUGUGUCAUUAGUGUUUUCAGGUAAGCUAGCCCUAUGUGGUAAGCAAAGUAAGGAGUAGAUACAGGAUUUUAAAAUGUGUGCAUAUAAAAAUGAGUUGAAGAAUGAAAUGAGCUAGUGAAAGCUCUUUAGUUUCGAUGUAUUUAUUAUUUUUGACUCAUCUGAUACCUUUUACUCUAACGUGAGUGUCAUACAAAGUAAGCUUGAUGAGAGCGAAUAAGUCUAAAACUUGCCAAACGUGUCAUGAUUCGGAUUGGAAAUUGGGGUUUAAGUAAAUGGGCAGAGAAACUGGGUGGUGUGUGGACGCAGUGUCCCCCCUCGCCAACCCUCCCCUCGCCAUAUAUAGUCCUUAUCAUCAUACGUAUUCAAUGUGUAUUAGUACAGUACAUUACUGUUGUCAUAGGAAUGUUAUGCACAGCGUUUCAUAUAGACUAAUUCAGCUGAAUGGAAUACCAUGUCUGAUAUGUAGUGGAAGUUUUAUCCUCAUCUUAUACUGAAAGGGCAUUGUAAAUACAGUAUGAAGGAGAGAUGAAAGAGGAGAGGGAAGAAGAGGAUGAAAGGACAAGAGAGAAAAAGGAGGCUGGAUCCUCCCUUCUGUUCUUUCCUCCGCCUCUUGCCACCCUUCCUUUCUUUCUCUCCCUUUUAUCUCUAAUGUCUGUUCUGUCCAUUGGCAGUCAGUGUGAAUCGGUGGCUAUCAUAUACACAUCUACAUUAUAUUACGCACACAUUGCUAUAUCUUUCUCUCAUUCUGUGACCCUCCGUGCGCUUGCAUCACUGAUUGGUUCAAGAAGAAGCCGGUGGUGCUUUUCAAAGGAACUGAAAUUGUUGGUAUUCACUAUGUGGUAACAAAGAGAAGUUUUAUUUGAACUCAUGUAGACACUGAUCAUAUUUGGGGGUCAGGAGUUUUUAUUAAUCACAGAUGGAACUGUAUAGCUUGUAUCCCAACAGAUCAUAUCUCCUCUCACAUUGAUUUUGCUCGCCUAUAACAUAUAUCCUUGGUUGACAUGCAUUACAUUCGCUGGGUAUUGUUUUGUCCCUGUUGUCUUCUCGAGCAACUCCAUCACAUCACCAUGCGAGUAUGUUUUUUUAUUUUAUUUUAAUACAGCACAGAAAACAUCCAGAAAACCAAACCUUCAACAUUUCCAGUUUGAUAUCAUCCUUUUGUUUUCCUCCCAUCUUGCAUUUCAACUAUGAUUAAUGGUGGUAGAGACAGAAGAGAGGAAUAAAACAGUUGCAUCAUGCCAAAUGGACAGAACUAGCAAAUGACAUUCAAAUGGAGCUAAGUACAAUUCUUUUGUGUUUUUUUUACUCAAAGUAAAUAAAUCUUCCCCCCUUAAAUACCCUUCAAGCCUUUAAAACUCCUUGCCUAAAGGGCAGCGUAGCACUUUUAUUUAUUUGUACCUUCCCUGGAAAGUAGCAGUACCUUAACAUAACAUCAGAAUGGAUAGAAAAGACUCUGGUGAAUCACUGCAGUUCAAUACAGAAAUCAGAGUUAUUCUUUUCUUUCUGGUUCUGUGGUCGAUCCUUUUUAUUUCAGUGUGACUGAGGAUUUUUUGUAUUAUUAUUACUCUCCACUCUUCCAAAGAGAUGGAGAGAUAAUUGUGGACAAUGUAAUUUGGUGUUUUCCUUAACUUAUAAAUACAAAAAAACCAAAAAAACGUGAUUAUAGAAAGGGAUGUUUUGAAUGAAGACUUGUAGAGAAUGUGUGUGUGUGUGUGUUUUUGGUCCUGCGAUAGGCCUGGCUGUUUGCUUGUGUGAUUGUUUUAAGGAGAGAGGAGGACUUUUGAUCAGGUUUGAUGUAAAGAUGUGUCCCACUUCCUGCCUACAUAUUUAUGUCACCCAGGGUUUGCUUUCCUAGAGCGUUCACACUGAAGACAUUUUGAAAUAAAACUCACCGUCAGUGUGGAUAUGAAAUUCUAUUGAUUCUUUGUGUGGUGUUGACGGACAAUAUUGUCCCAGGAUGCAACACAUAAGAGGGUGCUCCUUGCAGCUUAAACUAACUGUGCCCUGUUUUAAGACAACUCUAGAAAUAUUAAAAAUAAAGCAUUCAGUCUGUGUUUCUUUGUCUUUGGUAAGGAUAUUAUCAGUUGUGCUCCAACGUUGCAGUAUUAUAGCACAUUUUAUAUUGGUGCACAACUGUAAAGUAUGUUCAUUUAUUGUAUAUUAACAGCAAAAACAGUAUAAAGUAUGAAGAUUGGUAUAAAGUGCAUACUGUGUAGUAUUAGUAUGUAGUCUGGAAUGGGGCACAGCUUUAGGAUUCGUGUUAGAAGAGAAAGAAAGUCCUGAUCUGGGCUCCAGUUGAUGGGUUUCCUCUUUGCAAGGUGGAGUUGAAUUAUGUCGAUUGAGAAAAAGUGAUGCAAGAGAUGAAGAAAUACUAAUACCUUUGUUUUCUUUUUGCAUUAGCUUUUGUGUAGCAUUCACACCUAACAAUGUUGAGUAUGCUGGAAUAGGUUACAGAUUCAGAUCCCAACCUCUGCUCCUCUGCUGUUGUAGCAUCAUCUUCAACAGCAGCCUCUCCUUGACCUCACUCGGAUUUUUAUUUAUAGAGGUUUUCAAACUUGUUUUGAAGUUUAUGGUUUACAGAAGCAUCCCACAGAACUUCCCACCAUAAAUGCUCAAUCAGUCUCAAUCUGUCAAAUACAAGAUUUAUGGCUUUUUGUUGCCAGUUGCCAGUUUGAACAAGAUUAUUCUCCCUUUCUGACAGUCCCUUUGGUCCGCUACAGUGUUUAAUUAUUUGAUACGGGCCUGUUUUUGGAUUUUAUGUAUUAUAUAAUUCUUUAAUUUUUCAUCCUUCAAUUUGGCACAGCUGCACAGCUGCUGCUAUUAACAAUGUGGUGGAACAACUAGCCUUCUCUCUCUUCAAAGACUGUUGCCAUGGUGACAGUAAUGAGAACAGGUGCAAAAGUCUUUCUGCAUAUUAUUAUUGGCUGUACAAAAAACAAAGUUUGUAUUUAUUGUGUACAAAUGUUAAUUAAUAAAAAAAUAUUGAAAAGUG